CUCGCCUUCCCUCGCUGUUCUUCGUCCUCGUUCUCUAAUGGCGAAAAAUUAGGGUUUCUGAGAUCCCUCUUCUUGUGCGGCGAUGGAGGAUGGAAGCCUCCUCGAACCCGGGACCAAUAACAGCAAUGUAGGCGGGGUUGGAGGGAACCCUAAACGGGGGAGGAAUCGGAAGAAUAAGGAUCAAGUGGGGAGAACGUCGAGGAGGAAGCAGCUAUCCGAUAUCACUAAUACUGUGGAUUCUGUGAGGCGAGGCGGAGGUGAAGAGAACGCCAAGGCUUUGUCUUGCUCCAGCUCCAGUGACCAUGUUGCUCAUCUUCUCAAGGAAAAUGCGGCUCUUUUGAAGGUUAUUGGAGAUAAAGACAAAGUUAUAGAGAUGAAUGGGAUUGAAUUGCAGAAGCUCAGAGUUUCUCUGCAGAAAGCUUCUUUGCAGAAUGCACAUCUUGCUCAGACUAACUCAAUGAUGCUGGCAGAACUCAAUUUCAGCAAAGAGAGACUAAGAGCAUUGCAGCAUGAGAUGGGAUGCACAAUGGCUGCUCUCAAAUCAAAGACUGUGGAGUUGGAUGAAGAGAAACUGGCCAAGAAACAAUGUUUGACAAUAAGCACCAAGGAAGAGAAACUGAGUAAGAAACAAUGUUCGAUGAUGAACACUGAGGAAGAGAAAUUGAGUAAGAUGCAAUGCCCGAUGAUGAGUAUUGCGAGCAUUGUGGAGGCGAACACCAAGUGUGCUGACACUACAGAUGUAGCUUCCACGGCGGCAAACAAAAAGGCUCGCAAUACCAGUAGGAAAUGCCUGCUAAAAGGAAAAUCUUUAACUUCCACUGCCAUGAUCCAACAAGCAGCAGGAAAGGAGAAGGAUGACAGGAGGUCCAGUGACUUGGAAUCUGAACAAUGUGAACCAACUGAAAACUCAUUUGUGAUGAAAGAUGUUGUUUUAGACUCCUCGGCAAUUUCCAGUGAGAAGGAGCAGAAUAACAAGAACAUAUCUCAACCAUUAUAUGAGAAUCAAGAGAUAAGAAGAACUUCUGUAGGAAGGCCAAUGCGCAAGGCGGCCGAGAAGGUGAGUUCCUACAAGGAAACCCCCCUAAAUAUCAAAAUGCGAAGAGAGGAUUAGAUUUUCUUCUUACUGCCAUAGUUAACCCUCAGGUGUCUGUGUGUGAAAUUCACUAGCAUAAGAUAGUUUCUGCCAAUCUCUUCUUGUUUUUUGGGUCUCUGAAUUUUUCUAUUCCAUCAUUUGUCGAUGAUGGACUUGAGAGAUAUGACUUGGAAAACAACUGGAUGUUGUAUCCAAAACUAUUACUCUGUUCAAAUGGCUAGUGUUUUCAUCAUGAAAGGUUAGAGUUUUUGUGCAAGUACAUAGAGGUUUUGUUAUGCAUGACAGAUCAUUAUCCAUGUCUAAAUAGCAUUCAAAAUUGCAAUAAUGAGACUUGCCUGCACCUGCCAAAAUGGAUAAUUGCUUAUAUACACCUUCAAAUCAGUGUUAUUUACAAGGCAUGGUUUUU